AGGCACUUUUUCCAGCUUUUUCCCUAUCGGGUUUUCUGUUGGUUUUUGUGUUGUUGCUUUAUUGUUAUCGCAAUAAAGGCAUAUUUUGCCCCAUUUUCCAUAAAGGCAUAUUUUGCCCCAUUUUCUGCUUCUGUGUCAUAUCUGACAAGCGGAAAGUUCCUUUGUUGAAUGAUAUGUAGUUACCGCGCGUAUGCAUUGUACGCCAGUUUGUAGACAACGGAAAUAGAUAUAAUAAAGCUUUGGUGUUGAUGAAAUAACGGCUGUUUUGUUGACCUGAUUAUCAGCGCAGGAAGUGAUCCUUUGCUGGGCUAGUGGCAAGUACCGCGGCAGCGUGAACGCUUUCUGACCCUCGACAACGGCCGUGUGGCGCCUGAAUCGUCUGCCCAUGCCCACGCCCAAAGACUGCCAGCACGUCGUGCUGUUGGACGCCAGCACGAUCAUGCUUGUCCACAGCGCUGGCCGCCAUCGACUCCAGCGAGACCGUGGCUACCUGGGCCUGCGAGACGAAUGGCGCGAGGUGGCCCCCAUGCUGACGCCGCGCGCGGAAGAAAGCCUGGCCGCGCUGAACGGUCGCGUUUAUGCCGCUGGGGGCUACUCUCUGCUGGUUGCAGAAGGCGACCCGCUGACGUCCGUGGAGGCCUACGAUCCCCUCUGCAAUGCCUGGAGCGCAGUGGCCCCGCUCCCACUGGGUCUGUCCGGCGCGGUGAUGGUGGCCUGUGGCGGUCGGUUGUUUCUGUUUGGCGGUGGUAGCCCGGAAGAGCGUGGCUGUUCUUUCUCGUACGACCCCGCAACCGACACCUGGACCAAACUGCACGACAUGCCGACCAGACACUGGUCCUUCGACCCUCCUGUUGCCUGCGCAGCUCCCAACGGGUUGAUCUUUGUUCUGGGUACUUCUGGAGGAUCUGUUUUGGGUGCGCGUCGAUGCGUAUGACUGCGCCAGCGAUCGGUGGAUGCGAAAGGGUCAGUGUGAUACCAUCCUUUCCAGUGCUGAUUGGUGUACUGCCGGUCCGUCGAUGCGUGACGGUGGAUGUUGUAAUGUAUUGAACGAACGGCAUAAUCUGGUAUUAUGUCCGCUCGGGACAGCAGCAAACGACCAAAUAAACACUAGACAUGGCAACCAUAACGGGCAACAACAAUACCGCUGCUACGGCACAUGAGCCAUAGGCCAUCUUCCAUUUCACGAGAUACUCGUACAGCCUUUGUACGAGUACUUACACAGUUACACUACAGAUGUACAUGUACCGCUGGGUGCUGUUCUGUAUCGCUGGGUGCUUUACAGCUAACCUGACCAGAAGCCGCUCUUCUCCCGGUCUCGCAUGCGUGGGUGGGGAAGUGUAUGUCAUUGGUGGGGAUGAAGAAGGAGUGGGGCGGCAGCAUCGAAGUGUACGACGAAGAGACGGACAGCUGGUCGCUGAUGGCGUGUCGACUGCCCAAGACCGGCCCGUAUGCCGACUGCCGGCCCUUGUCAUCUGGCGGUGUCGUGAUGAAGUUGAAACGCCCCGCGGUGAUGUGAAGCAGGAGAGCGGCUAGGCCGUCAUUGCCGCGUGGCAGUUAACAAUGUUCUCAUCUCCCUGGCCUGGGGGAAUUGCGUUGGGAUGUUUUAAUUUUUCUGAAAGAUAGUUCUUACGGUCGGCUGUAAACUGUGAAAUUUAAUGCACAAUGGUUCAUACAGACUGAUACAGUAUUUAGGAAGCACAUACAGUGCGCUGAGCUGGUUUCUGUACAAAGUUGGACAAAAAGGUGUGAAACGGUGUAAAUCACGUGGCAUAACGAUCAGCGACAUA